CUGAUUGGCAAUUGGUGGAAAGAGUUAUUAUCAGUAGAAGGGAAUGUCUGAUUACAAUAUGGGGUUAUAGAGAUGAAGGUUUUAUCACAGAUGAAGCCACCAGGUCACAGGCCUCAGAGAGAAGCAACUAUAAAUGCUUCUCGUCCGACUCAAGGUCUGAGGUGAUGCUGAUGCUGGUCAGCUGUGCCUGAAUUCCAACAGGGAGGACGCACGAGUCGCGUCCUACCCCCUUCCCAUCGUGGCUGAGCUAGUUUUUCAGGUUAACUUUGGAAUGCCCGUGGCUGAGACCAGGGGUCCACUCAGACAGUUCAGGGCUUACAAUUUUAUUUUUGGUUUAUGAGGGAACCUAGAAGGCAGCCCAUACACACCUCACUCCUCCCAGUGGGGGACACCGGCCAGACCCCAGGCUCCACCCUCCCACCCUCAGCACCCACCCAGGCUAGCAGCUGGGGGCACCUUAGUGCCUGUUCUGUGGGGGCUCCACCAGACAGUGCAACUGAUGCUCAGGGCUGAGGGGCCUCUGCCUGGGAGGCUCUUCACCUGCCUGGGUACAGGACCCCAGAAGGACCCCAGGCCACUCCUGGCCUGCCCACGCCCACAGGAACCCUUGACCUUGGGCUGCAUGUCUGUUGCACCAGAACCCUCCCAGGGCUGACUCAGAGUGACCCUGAGUGGGGGAUGCUCACCCCAGGGGAAGAAACUGGGCUCUGGGGUAGGAGGUCCUGGCUGGGGUCCCACAGAUGCCAGGCGCCUGCCAUCUCCAGGGCGGCGCUGGCAUGGGAGACAACACCGCUCCCUCAUUACCUGUGGCCUGGCUACCUUAGUGGCCCAAAGGGGCUCACGUGAUCAUGGUGCAGUGACCACAGGACCCCCACAUGCCAGGAACUGGGUUCGCUCCACCCUACCCCCUGCACCGGGCCAGCGAGGGGAUGACCGAAGUGGGGAGGACCAUUUGGCUUCACCAGCACUGGACAUGUGCUCUGUGGCCACCCCCUCUGCCUCCUCUCUGGCCCCAUACAGGGGUGUGGGACGGCUGUGAUUCUCACGGGCCUGGGUGACUCCAGCACGACUUCCCUCUCCGGGACGUCACUGGUGGCAGCUGCUUCCUUCCAGAGCCUGCAGGAGGCCACAGGCUCCAUCCUGCUUCAGAGCUGCCAGCUGCUCCCGCGAUGGCUGAGCGCCUAAGCGUGAACGGGAGAAUGGAAGCAGCCGUACAGAGGGGGUCCCACCUCCAGCUGGCUGCAGGAGCUGGGCCUAUCCCAGGACCCCAGAGCCUCCAGCACAGGACUGGGCAGGCAGUGGCUGGGUUUCCUGGGGCCCUUGUGUCUCCACAGCCCGCCUCGGCAUUCAGCUCAGUGGGGCCACCCUGGGCCACAGUGCCGAGCAGUGUCCAGGCCAGAUGCUUCCCGGACUUGGCUGGACGGGCCUGGCACAGGUGCAGCCCAGACGCCCCCCAGGCUGGGGCCACCAUCAGCACCACCGCUGCCGCCCAAGGAGGGGCACCAGGAGGGGCUGGUGGAGCUGCCCGCCUCGUUCCGGGAGCUGCUCACCUUCUUCUGCACCAACGCCACCAUCCACGGUACCAUCCGCCUGGUCUGCUCCAGCAGGAACCGCCUCAAGACGACAUCCUGGGGGCUGCUGUUCCUGGGAGCCCUGGUCACACUCUGCUGGCAGCUGGGGCACCUCUUGGAGCAUCACUGGCACCGCCCGGUCCUCAUGGCCGUCUCUGUACACUCAGAGCGCAAGCUGCUCCCGCUGGUCACCCUGUGUGACGGGAACCCACGCCGGCCGAGUCUGGUCCUCCGCCAUCUGGAGCUGCUGGACGAGUUUGCCAGGGAGAACAUUGACUCCCUGUACAAGGCCAACUUCAGCAAAGGCCGAGAUGCGCUCUCCGCUGCCGUCCCCCGCCGCGAGCCCCGCUUCCACCUGGACCGGGAGAUCCGUCUACAGAGGCUGAGCCACGCGGGCAGCCGGGGCAGAGUGGGGUUCAGACUGUGCAACAGCACGGGCGGCGACUGCUUCUACCGCAGCUACGCGUCCGGUGUGGCGGCCGUGCAGGACUGGUACCGCUUCCACUAUGUGGACAUCCUAGCCCUGUUGCCCGAGGUGUGGGAGGACAGCCACGGGCGCCAGGACGGCCACUUCGUCCUCUCCUGCAGUUACGACGGCAUGGACUGCCAGGCCCGGCAGUUCCGGACCUUCCAUCACCCCACCUAUGGCAGCUGCUAUACGGUUGACGGCGUCUGGACAGCUCAGCGCCCUGGCAUCACCCACGGAGUCGGCCUCGUCCUCAGGGUUGAGCAGCAGCCUCACCUCCCUCUGCUGUCCACGAGGGCCGGCGUCAAGGUCAUGGUUCACGGCCGUAACCACACGCCCUUCCUGGGGUACCACAGCUUCAGCGUCCGGCCAGGGACGGAGGCCACCAUCAGCAUCCGAGAGGAUGAGGUGCACCGGCUCGGGAGGCCCUACAGCCACUGCAUGUCAGGCGGGGAGGGCGUGGAGGUGGAGCUGCUACACAACACCUCCUACACCAGGCAGGCCUGCCUGGUGUCCUGCUUCCAGCAGCUGAUGGUGGAGACCUGCUCCUGUGGCUACUACCUCUACCCGCUGCCAACGGGGGCUGUGCACUGCAGCUCUGCCCGGCACCCUGCCUGGGGACACUGCUUCUACCGCCUCUACCAGGACCUGGAGACCCACCGGCUCCCCUGUACCUCCCGCUGCCCCAGGCCCUGCAGGGAGUCUGCAUUCAAGCUCUCCUCUGGGACCUCCAGGUGGCCUUCCGCCAAGUCGGCUGGCUGGACUCUGGCUGCGCUUGGUGAACAGGGGCUGCCACAUCAGAGCCACAGACAGAGGAGCAACCUGGCCAAAAUCAACAUUGUCUACCAGGAGCUCAACUACCGCUCGGUGGAGGAGGCGCCCGUGUACUCGGUGCCGCAGCUGCUCUCAGCCAUGGGCAGCCUCUGCAGCCUGUGGUUUGGGGCCUCCGUCCUCUCCCUCCUGGAGCUCCUGGAGCUGCUGCUUGACGCUUUGGCCCUCACCCUGUUGCUGGGCGGACGCCGGCUCCGCAGGGUGUGGUUGUCCUGGCCCAGAGCCAGCCCUGCCUCAGGGGCAUCCAACAUCAAGCCAGAGGCCAGUCACAUGCCCACGCCUGCAGGUGCGACAUCAGACAACCUGGGGCCCAGCGGGCCCCAUCUCCCACAGAUGAUGUUUCCAGGGGCUCUGGAGAGAGUCUCAGCUGAAGAGAGUUGGGCUGGGCCCCAGCCCCGUGAGACUCUGGACACCUGAACCAGACCUGCCAGGGCUGUGUGAUCUCUCGGCCUGGUCCUUGGAGCUGUGGCAGCAGCAAGCUCCCCAGCGGCCCAGGGUGGGCCCGACCAGCGGCUGCAGGGCCUUCCCAGGUCAUCCAGUGGCCGAGGAAGCAGCACGCGCGGCCGUGGGGAGGCAGGGCGCUGGGCAUGUCAGCGCCUCUGGUCAACCACCCACCCUGCCUGGGGCGGGUCUGAAGGAGGCCCAGGGCGGAGGGGGCUUCCUGAGUGCACACGAGUGCAGCUGGAGGUGCUGACACGCGGUGAUGUGCCCAUGCUCCGUGUCUGUCUCUGCACGUCCACACGUCUGAUGCACCUAUGUGCGUGUGUCAAUCGCUGCCUCAGCUGGGGGGAGGCAGAAGGCAAGGCGGGGCCCCCACGCCCACACGGGCUGCUCUGAAAUAAAGCUGUGGACUCCACCUGGUGGCCACUGUGUGCCUGUGCGCCCCUCCAGCCACCCGUCCCGGGUGAGCUGAAACCCUGACUGCACCUGGCGCCUCCCUGGGCACAGGGCCCAGGACAGGACCAGCCCCAGCCUAGCCUUGCCGGUUCGCGUCCAAUGACCCCUGGCCCUGACCCCAACACCCCUCUUCCCACCAGGGGACUCAGUCUAGGACAGAGAAGGGUAGAGGGGUGAGACAAUGGGGGCCAGGGGCAUCAGGAGCCAGAUUUUGUCAAAGAAGCCUCAGGCCCCCAUCAGGCCUCGUGCAGCCUGUUGG